UAGACGACCGCUUACGCCUGCGACAAUCCAACGGCAACUGAUGCCGUAUUUCGCACGUAAUCAACACGACUUGCAGGCGAUGCGCCUAUAUCCAGUUAUACUCGUGGGGGUAUUUGUAGUGAUGCGCUCGGGCGAGCUUACAGUGCACAGCGGACUCGAACAAUGCUCCGAGAAUAUCCAUAUUCAUCGUGGUAAGGAGGUCCGCCUGUUCGACGACUACGCAGAAAUUACUUUACCUGUGUCUGAAACUAGCGUUGACCGAGCGACAAAAAAAUGUGUUCCAAAGCUACCAGCAAGCAUGGCUGCAGUAUGUCCGGACCGUGUCCUCGUCAACUGGCUCACACGGACUUCCAACGAACCAGACACAGCUCACCUCUUCUCCAUUGAAGGCAAGCCCUAUGAGAAAGCCACGUUCUCAGCGCAACUAAGACGAACACUCACCGUGUGCGGUUUAGACCCUACCGUAUAUAGCGGACACUCACUAUGCAUUGGCGGACUAACUGCAUUGUGUGAAGCCGGCAUCCCUGAGAACGAGGCCAUGAUUAUAGGAUGCUGGACAUCCGAAGUGAACCGCAUAUACUGGCAACGGACUGCCAAGGACCUUAAUCGCAUCGCCGCGGCGCUCUCGCACUUCAUCAAUGCGACCGAUGAGUUGUACUCAAAUCAAACGAGUUACAUGCUGUGCAGGCUGCGUAUGUCUACAAUGGGAGCAUCGCAUGUGUCCGAAAUUUUGGUCCCGUGGAAUCAAAGGAACGGACAUUGA